AUGGAGUCAUUAUCUUUGGCGAACAGAAUCGACGACGUCCAAUUAGUAGAGGACGACAACGGAAAGAACAAGGACGGAAGAGGGAAGAACUUCGGCAAAGGGAAGAAGAAGAUCAAUAUCGAGAAAAUAGAGAAGAAGGAGCAUAGAAUGGUGACUUUCUCAAAGAGGCGGAAAGGUCUGUUCAAUAAAUGUCGCGAGUUUUACUACCUUACUGGAAUUGAUAUCGCCGUGAUUGUUUCCUCCCCUGCCGGACAGAUCUAUGCCUACGGUACGCCCACCGUCGACGUUAUUAUCGAUCGGUACUUGCAAUCAUUAGAUUGCGAUGGCAAUAAGGAGAACAUCAAUGAAGCAGGAUUGAGUUGGGUUAAGAAUGGAAUGCUGGUUAGGUAUUUGUUAGAGGGAAUGGACAACAAUGAUGAUCAAGAUCAAGAUCAAGAUGGUGAACUAGAACAGCUUAUGGUGAAGAGGCGGAACUUGGAAAAGGUCAAGAACGAGUUGGGAAAGCUCUUAUGAACUUGUUGGA